AUGCCUCCAGAGCCUGAAGAGCCUCCUCCUGUCAGUAAUGCGGCAACAAUCGCCGGGAUGCAGGAGCUAUGGCCUUCUUUGGGCAGCGCUGGUCAUCCAGAACUGUGCUACCGCAGGUGCCUACACUUUGCGAGGGGCGUGUGCUCCCAUGGCUCAGGGUGCCACUUCUGCCACGUAACGACGCACCCCCCAGAUCGCAAGAUGCAGAGGUCGGAUCGCGAGCUGCUCCAUGGCCUGUCGCUGCCAGACCUUUUACGGGUUACCUGGAGAGUGCUUGCGUGGCGUAUCCAGGCGAGACGCGCACAGGCAGAACCCAUCUUCGAGGUGCUCGCUCUGGAGCUGCAAGAUGCCCAAAGGGCCCAAAGCCAGGGUCCCAUGGGUCCCAUGGGUCCCGCAGGGCGCCGUCCGACGGACCAGGAACUUCAAGCUCUUCAGUGGUCUCUAAGUCGCUCAUCGAUGAAUUUCGCUUCGUUGAUAACUUUCAUUUCGUCGCGAUGCCGUCCUGCGAGCAGAGAUCAACUGCUGGCCCUCCUGGCACAAAUGACACAGGAAGCCCGUCCAUGA